AUGUUCAAUGACAGCGUCACCGUCAAUAUUCCUCUUAAAUCUGACGAUGACACUGAAGCAAAUAUUAAUAACGAUCCGCCUGCUUAUCAAAAUCCACAUCUUGACUUUAAUGAAGGACGGAAAGAUUUUAGCAUUGCUAUUGUAUUUGGGAUACAUAUUAUUGUCGUCAUCGUCGUGGGCAUAGUUUUAGGUUUACCGAUUGUGCUUCAGCAUAUGAAACAAAUUUCUUUAGCGAAACGACUCCGACUAUCGGCUGAUUUCGGCAUCAAACAUUUCGUUUACUCAUUGAGUGGUGCAGCAGUUGUCGCAUGUACUGUUGAUGAUUGGUGGUUUAGUAAUGACGAUUGUAGACUCUACGGAAUGAGCAAUAGUAUCAAGCGUGCAUUCACGACAAACCUAGGAACUAUCUGUUUUGGUUCACUUUUUCAAGCCAAAAUAAAAACUUUACGGUUUUUUACAGGUGAUGAACGUAGAAAAAGUAUUAUAGCCUACGCUAUUGACGCACUUACUGGUGAAGGAUUUGUUCAAGCUAGUCGAAGUUUUAUAAAACUGUUUGAAGAACAUGGCUGGACAGCAAUCAUCAAUGAUAGUAUUAUCGGAACUACUUUAAUGUUUAUCAAUAUUGGAAUAGGUGUUAUUUCAGCUGACGGCGGCGGCUCUAUUAUCUACAUUACGAUGAUCCAAUCACCGGAAAAACGUUUUCCUGUAAGUUGGGUGUCUCUAAUUAGUUUUGAAAUCGGUAUAUUUAUGAGUUCAAUCAUUACAACGCUUUUGACAUCAUGUGUACGUACAAUAUUCAUUUGCUUUGCUCUGCAUCCAGCAGCAUUAGGUGCGAACCAUCAUGAACACUUGGAGGAAUUGACCACAGUUUGGCACAAGUUCUAUCCGGAAGAAUUCGCCAGUAGCGGCUAUGCAAAUCAAUU